UAGCGCUGGUGCUGGGUGGUUGUUGGGGUUGGUGCUGGGGGAACAUGUGCGGAGGACAGCGCUGAGAGCUGAGAGCAGAGAGCAGAGCGGAGCUCCGGAGCAGGGCAGCGGCAGCGGGGAGAUGAAACUUUCUGAGCCGGGAUCUCCGAGAAGCCCUUUCUCAUGUAUGGAUGAAGACAUGAGGCUCUGGUUGAGAUGGACGGUGUUCCUGUGGGCAGUAAAUGCCAUUCCUGUUACUUUAGGCAUGGCAGUAAACGAGAGAAUAGAUCAUUCAUGUCCUCCGUUGAAGCUGGAGGAGAAGUGGUACAGCAACACGAACGGCAGUCAGGAGUUUACAGGAUUUGAUUUGGCGGAAAAGUUUCUUCUCCGUAAAGGAACGGUGACGGACGACCGGCCUCUCUUCAGACUGGGCAGUAAACCCCUCAUCAAAUCCACCGAGUCUGUGUUACCAAGUGGACUGUCUCAUGAAUAUUCAUUAGUUACCACGUUUCGGCUUCGGAAAACUACGAAGAAAGAUCGCUGGUUUCUCUGGCAGAUACUAGAUAAAGCUGGAGACUCGCAGGUAUCUCUGGUCGUGGACGGCGGUAAGAAAACGCUGGAGUUCUCAGCUCUGGGGCUCCUGAAGAACAACCUGAACUACGUGUUUAAGAGCCGGGAGCUGCACGCCCUGUUCGACCGGCAGUGGCAUAAGCUGGGCGUGUCGGUGCGCAGCAGCACCCUCGCCGUCUACGUAGACUGCAAACUGAUCGAGAGGAAGCUGAUCGAGGAGAGGGACGCCGUGGACAUGACCGGACGCUCCCUCAUCACCACCAGGGCCGAGGACGGACGACCGGUGGACAUUGAGCUGCAGGAGAUUCUGCUGUUCUGCAGUCCGAGUUUAGCAGAAGAGGAUAAAUGCUGUGAAUCUUCGGGAGCCGCGUGUGAAUUCAGAGAGUCUCCGGACGCGACGGCGGCGCCGCUGAUCACGGGGUACCUCCACAGAAUGCUGUCUAAAUCCUCGCAGCAGGCGGGCGAGCGGUGCCAGUGCCUGGCGCUGAAGGGGGAACCGGGUCUUCCAGGCUUGGCAGGACUUCCUGGACAGAAAGGAGACCGAGGAGACAAGGGAGAUCCGGGAGAGGGCGGGCUUCCUGGCGGUCCGGGUGUGAAGGGUGACUCCGGUGUCGCCGGGUUGCCAGGUCUGGACGGGCGUUCAGGGAACAAGGGCGAGCCGGGGUCAUCUGGAGAUCGAGGGAAUGCUGGACAAAAGGGAGCUCCCGGAGAGCCUGGUCCUAUAGGAACACCUGGUCUACAGGGUCUGAAAGGAGACCCCGGGCCUGGGGGUCCACCUGGUCCUAAAGGUGAUAAAGGAGAUACUGGCCUCCCGGGUCCAUCAGGGCUUUCUCUUACAAGAGAAGGUCAGAAAGGAGAUCAGGGGCCGCAGGGCAUCGCCGGAGAGAAAGGAGAAACUGGUUUACCAGGUCAGCAAGGACCUCUGGGAAAAACAGGAAAAAGAGGUCGGCGGGGACCACCAGGAGCACCUGGGAUACCUGGACCUCCGGGACCUGCUGGAUCUUCUGUAGGUGGAGCUAAAGGGGAGAAAGGAGUUACAGGUGUGACCGGAGAGGGUGGAGCCAAAGGAGAGAAAGGCGAUGCUGGGCAGCCUGGUAAUGAAGGAGCCGCUGGAAUUAAAGGCGAGAAGGGAGAAGCCGGACCCCGCGGACCCCCAGGCCCUGUGAUGACUGCACACGGACUCCGCCAGCUCUCCGGAACAGCUGAAGCCGGAGAGAAGGGCCAGAAAGGAGAGAAGGGAGACCAGGGGGAAAAAGGAAUUCAAGGCCUGCCAGGAAUCCAGGGAAAUUCUGGACCUCCAGGACCAGCUGGAAAGCAAGGUCUACAGGGUAAAGACGGGUCGGCGGGUCCAGCCGGACGCCAGGGUCUUCCCGGAGAAAAGGGGGAGACCGGAGCUGCGGGACCGAAAGGACCGAAGGGUGAUCCAGGUGGAGCCCCGGGGCCACAGGGCCUCCCAGGUCCUAAAGGUGAGCCUGGAGCUCCUGGAGGGUCAGCAGGUGAUCAGACGGGCGACACGGCGCCCGGGCCCAGAGGUUCACGAGGUCCUAAGGGUGAGCGGGGAGUCCCGGGCCUGCCCGGAGAGCCAGGAGAGAAAGGAGACCCUGGUGUGGGGAUCACUGGUCCACCUGGCAUCAUGGGACCAAAGGGGGAGCCAGGAAUUGAGGGUCCUCGAGGUCUUCCAGGCUUACAAGGCCUUCCUGGGGCUACAGGAAGUCAGGGACCCCCGGGUCGUGACGGCAGACCAGGACCUCCGGGACCCCCUGGUGAACCGACAGCGCUGCCUAUCGUUGGAGAUAUGGGCACCUUACUGAAGAACGCCUGCAGUGUGUGUCAGACCCGAGUACCGGGACUGCCGGGUCAGAAAGGAGAGAAAGGAGCUUUUGGGCCGCCUGGUCUGGAGGGAAUGCAAGGAGAGAAAGGUGAUCAAGGCCUGAGAGGUCCCAUUGGCAAUCCCGGGAAGGAAGGCCCCAAGGGGGUGAAGGGAGAGAGAGGGUUCCCUGGGCCGAUCGGGGAUAAAGGUGAUGAGGGUCCUCCUGGAGUGCCUGGAUUCCCUGGAGCUGCAGGAAGAACCGGUGCUUCUGGCCCCAUUGGCAGACCUGGACCCUCUGGCCCUGCAGGACCAAAGGGUGAACGGGGCAGUGAGGGACCACAGGGACAGCCUGGACUUCCUGGACCUCCCGGAGCUCCCUACGUGGAGGGGAACGGGAUGAGCAGUCUCUACAAGCUUCAGAAUGGAGGGGCGAGUAUAGGCCAGCCAGGACCACCCGGACCACCGGGGCUGAAGGGGGAUGAAGGAAGAGUGGGAGAACCGGGUCCGAUGGGUCUGCCAGGACUAGAAGGACUGCCAGGAGCGAAGGGAGACCCUGGUUUGCCUGGCCCACCUGGAAUACCAGGCCCUGUUGGAAAAACUGGUCCUCGUGGUGAAUCUGGAACCCCUGGAGAUCCGGGCGAGCGAGGACCUGUGGGAGAGACGGGCUUCCCCGGACCCGAGGGACCACCCGGUGCUCCGGGGAGACCUGGUAAAGAUGGAAUUCCUGGAUAUGAGGGAGCCAGGGGCCGGCCCGGGGACCGGGGCUCUAAAGGAGAGCGGGGUGAUCCUGGAAUCCCGGGCGAGCGAGGCUUUCAGGGAGAGAGAGGACGAGCCGGAGAGAGAGGAGAUUCCGGACCCAAAGGACCACCUGGAGAGAAAGGAGAACCUGGUCCUCCUGGUCCUUUAAGUUCUCCCACCUCCGGUACCCUUCUGAGCGAUGCCGCCACCGUGGAGGAAAUUAAAAUGUUCAUCCGAAAUGAAGUAUUACGCGUCUUUGAAGAGAAGCUGUCGAGUUACGCCUCGCAGCAGAAGACCCCGGCAGCCAUACUGUCUGCACACGGCCGACAAGGUCCUUCAGGGCCGCCUGGAACUGAUGGCUCCCCAGGACCUCCUGGAGAGCCAGGACCUCCGGGCCCUCAAGGUUACCGAGGACAGAAAGGAGAACGGGGUCAACUCGGGUUGGGGAUUCCAGGAGAACCGGGUCCUCCAGGCCCACCAGGUCCACCAGGAAUUGGCCUCUACGGACCCCCGGGCCCUCAGGGGCCGCACGGACGAUGCAACCCAUCAGACUGCUACCAUACGCCUCACCACGCCCACCGAAGGGCCUAGAACCAAUGAUAUCCUUGUAAUAGCCUUCCAUCUCAACCUGAGAUCCGUGGAUCCGUGACGAGGGAAACUGCAAUCAUCCAAUCACAAGCCCUUAAACCAAUCGCUAUCGAACCCUGACCUCCGCCGGCGCGAGAGUUUCACCACAUCACUCAAUCCUCUACAGCUUUCAGCAGAAAUUUAAAAACCUGGAUAUCAGAAACCGCCGUCCUGACGCUUAUUUAUUCUGUAUAUUUAUUACUCUAUCCUGUACGUCCUGUUCUCUCUCUCUCUCUCUCUCUCUCUCAAUGUGUGACCAAAUCCUUCCCCCUCUCCACUCGUUCACCGGGACUCUGCAGGAGCGCAGGAUACAUAAGCUAGACGAGAAAAGAAAAGAUAAAACAAAAAAAAAAAGAUAAAAAUCCUCACUUUAAUUUUAUUAUACUGCAAUUUACCUCAGCUCUUCUUCUUCUUCUCGUCUCCAGGUGUUUAGGACGGUGUUGGGAUUGAAAGAAGUAGCUAUGCAAUCUUUAUUAACGAAAAGAGCAUGAAUUAAAUGGAAUAUAUGGAAUAUAUGUGAAUAUAUGAAGAUGUGGACAUAUGGAGACAUGUAAAUACUGAAAUACUGUAGCGUAGAAAAAUAAUAGUCGUGUAAAGAAUAGAAUUGCUUUUUGUUUAUUUUUCGUUGUUUUUUUUUUUAACAUAAUUUUGCAUGAGGAAGGGAAGUGCUGAACAGUUCACAUAUUCACGAUUCAUAUUCACAUUCAGAUUCAGAUUCAGAUCCAGAUCCAGAAUGUACAAACCCUGCGUUCACACUGGCAGGCGACUCCUAGCUAAACUAGCUACCUCUCAAUCGUUUCUUUACUUAUUGUAUCUGUGCAAAUUUGCAUUAUAUAUAUAUUUAUAUAUAAAUAAGAAUCAGCAGUUUUGAUCAAAAUUCAUGCUCAGAAAUCAUGACUUUAAGGUGCCUAAAGUGCGUCACGAUGCUCAUUGCUACCUUUCACCCUGCCUAAAACAGUCUAUUUUCUCUUUAUCCUCCUGUCUCGUUUAAAAAGCAACAGAGCUUCUGAAUGUAUUUAGACUGAUGGGUGUGGUGUUCUGGAAAUUAGGUGUGUUCAAGUAAAUUUCUGGUGUAUUGCUGGUGUAUCUUGGCAACUGAUAACACAGGAGCUCCACUGACUGAAUAAAACCUAGACAGACGCCAAUAGUCCACAACGCUCAAGCACCCAGCAGCACAAACCCAACUUUUACAUCAACAAUAAACAGAAUACUAAAUAAAAUAACAUUGCUGUUCCCGUAAAUGAGCUGCUGGAGCUCAGUUUCCUCUGCUGAGAAGAGUUUGUUGGCCACGUCCAGGUAGCUGCACCGUUAAAAUAGCAAUCCGCCAAAGUCAGAGCUCACCUGACUCUUAAAGGAAAUGAUGUAGCAAGUAACACUGCUUGGUUCAUUUCACGUUACGCCUAAAACACACCAAAAUCGUGGCUACAAACUGCGACUACAGAUCACAGUAUCAAAUUGUGACAAUAGAUCAAGGCUACCAAUAGUGUUUACAAGUCGCAGCUACAAAUCCUGACACUACAAAUCGUGACGAUUACAAAUUGCGACUACAAAUCUCGCCUACAAAUAACGACUAAAAUUGCAAAAGUUACAAAUCGCGUCUAUAAAUCAUGUAAUCCCACACGACAUGACUAGUUGCCUGUCUCUCUCUGUCACCAUGAUAUCUUAUUAAAAAAUUGUGACUGCAAAUUGCGUACUCUUAUACGACAUUAUGGUUAGAGUAGCAGAGGCAAUGGGUCUAUAUAUAUAUAUACACACACAAAAUACACAGUACCAGUCAAAAAUUUGGAUACACCUUAAAUUCAGUGUUUUUUAUUUUUUUAUUUUAAAAUGUUCUGCACUGUAGAUGAUACAAAAGUCGUCCAAACCAUAAAGAAAGACAUAGGCAAUUAUUUGGUACACAAAAAAGUGUUAAACAAAUCAGAAUAUGUUUUUUAAUAUUGUAGAUCCUGCUUAGAUUCUGCUUAGAUGUAUUUUCUCAGUCAGCUUCAUGAGGUAAAAUUCAGUUAACAGCUGUGCUGAACUCAUCAAGAGUUAAUUACUUGAAUUUCUUGUCUCUUAAUAAAGUGUUUGAGAGCAUCAGUUAAAGUAAAGUAGUGAAGAGGUAAAGGCAGUCGCUGCAAAGACCAUCAAAAAUGUUAUAAUGAUAAAACUGGCACUCAUCAGGACCGCCCCAGGAAAGGACAGAAGAGCAAAAGUUUCCACUGUUGUACAGGAUAAGUUUAUUAGAGUUAGCAGCUCCCUAGAUAAGAUCAUCUAAAUGCUUUACAAGGUAUUUUAGUUUGUUUAACAGUAAUUUUAAGUUACUACAUGAUUCCUUAUACAGUGUUCCUUCAUAGUCUGGAUCACUUCACUAUUAAUUUACCAUGUAGGACAAAUAAAACAAUAAAAAUACUGAAUGAGAAGGUGUGUGCAAACUUUUGACUGGAACUGUAUACAGUAAAUAACAUCAUUUUUAUGGUGGUUAAAAACACUGCUGUCUUAUGGGGACGUAGGAGGACCUUUGUUCAGUUUUAUUUUAUUUUAUUUUAUUUUAUUGUAUAUUUUACUGUUUACAACAGAGCAUGCAGCUGAUUUCUCCUGUACCCCACAGUUCUACUACACCUCUCUCUGAUUUCACUGGUGCUGUAUGUAUAUUUUGAUGGUAAAAUAAGCGUAAAGAUGGAGUUUAUACUGUUCAGUAUAUCUUUAUCUGUUAUUUUUCUGUUAUUCGUUCUACAUAUUCAUUUCAUCAUUACACUCUUUUUUUUCUUCUUCUUCCUCCUCUUCAUUAUUAUAUUAUUAUUAUUAUUAUUAUUAUUAUUAUUAUUAUCAUUAUCAUUAUUAUUAUUAUUAUUAUUAUUAUUAUUAUUAUUAUUAUUAUUAUUAUUAUUAUUGGUGUGUUGAAGGAAGUUCUUUGCUGAGGUACUUGAAUUUUUUUUUGUUUUUUGUUUUUUUUUUCAUUUUAGUUUGUUUGUGGAGGAAAAUGCCAUUUUUAUGCAUUUAUUUUUAAAAAUUUGUUUGGUUUUGGUUGUUGUACAGUUUUACUACAAACACGAAAAUGAUGUGCAAGCGUGUCUUAGUAGAUUCUGUAUAGAUGAGUUUGUUUUUAUUAUUAUAUUAUGAAUUAUUAAAUAUUUAUUUGUGUAUUUUGGUUAUUUUAAUUUGUUUUAUUUAAUUUUUGGUCCUCUAACAAAGUUUGCAUGUGUUGUAAUGUGUUAUAAUUAUUAUUUUUUUAUUAUUAUAUAGUUUUAUUUUAGUUUUCGGGGGGUAAAAGCAUCAUAUCUCUGUUAAGUCUCUGUGAUUUAUUUCUGUAUGUUCUUUUUUUUUUUUUGCGUUGUCGAGUUGCCGCACUCUGAGCCGAGUUGGAGGCCUUUCAACUUUCUCAGCGAAGUUAAUUCGUCUCUGUUGCUAAGCGAUAAAAGACUCCGGAGUGACGGCUGUAUAUCUGACACGUAUAUGAUCUUCUCCUUUUUGCUUCAUUCUGCGUUCUGCCAGGACUCGUCUUUCAUUUCUUCUCCCAUCCUAACGAAGCUCCACUUUCAUAUUCUUCCUUUCUUCUCGUUUCAUCUUUCUCACCAAAGACAGAAGAGGAGGAAAGCCAAGUUUCUUCCUGCUUUAGCUUUUAUUGUGUGUGUGUGUGUGUGUGUGUGUGUGUGUGCUUUGCUACCUUUGUGAGGACCGUAUAGUUUGUUGGUUUGUGAGGACAUUUUGGUGGUGUGACACACUACCAGGCUUGUGAGGACAUCUAAUUAGUGAGGACAUUUUGGUGGUAUGAUGCACUACCAUUUUAGUGAGGACACCUGGUCCUUGUAACCAUAGUGGUAUGUAAUACUUUAUCAGUUUGAGGACAUUUUGGUGGUGUGCACACUACCAUACUUGUUAGGACACCUUGUUCUUGUAACCAUAGUGGUAUGUUGUAAUUUGUCAGUUUUUGAGGACGUUUUGUUGGUAUGACACACUACCAGGCUUGUGGGGACAUUUGGUCCUUGUAACCAUAGUGGUUUAUAAGGACGUUUUGGUGGUAUAAAAUACUACACGGCUUGUGAGGACGUUUGGUGGUGUGACACACUACUAUACUCUUAAGAACAUCUAAACCUUGUAACCUUAGUGGUCUAUGAGGACGUUUUGGUCGUAUGACGCACUACCAGGCUUGUGAGGACAUCUGGUCCUUGAUGGUUACAAGGACCAGAUGUCCUCACAAGCCUGGUAGUGCGUCAUACGACCAAAACGUGGUCGUGGUUUAUGAGGAGUUUUUUUAGUAUAACAUACUACCAGGCUUGUGAGGACAUUUGGAUUGUGAGGAUGUUUUGGUGGUAUGACACACUACCGGGCUUGUGAGGUAAUCUGGUCUUUGUAACCAUAGUGGUUUAUGAGGACUUUUUGGUCGUAUGACACACUACCAGGCUUGUGAGGACAUCUAGACCUUGUAACCAUAGUGGUUUAUGAGGACUUUUUUUUAGUAUUACAUACUACCAGGCUUGUGAGGACAUUUGGUUUGUGAGGGUGUUUUAGUGGUAUGAUACACUACUAUACUUGUGAGGACAUCUAGACCUUGUAACCAUAGUGGUUUAUAAGGACAUUUUGGUGGUAUGACACACUACUAUACUUGAGGACAUCUGGUACUUGUAUCCAUAGGUGACACUUUAUUUGGUAUUACAUACUACCGUUUUUUGAGGACAUUUGGUUUAUGAGGACAUUUUGGUGUUAUGACAUAUCUGGUCCUCGUAAUCACAGUGGUAUGUAACACUUUGUCAGUUUAUGAGGACAUUUUAGUGGUAUGACACACUAUCAGGCUUUUGAGGACAUAUGGUUUGUGAGGACAUUUUGGUUUUAUGACACAUCUGGUCCUUGUAACCAUAAGGGUUUAUGAGGACACUUUUUUUUUGGUAUUGCAUACUACACGGCUUGUGAGGACGUUUUGGUGGUGGGACACACUACCAUACUUGUGAGGACAUCUGGUCAUUGUAUCCAUAGUGGUACGUUGUAAUUUGUCAGUUUAUGAGGACGUCCUUUGGUUCAGAUAUUGGUUUACUGCACUUUGUGUGGUUUGCUUUCCAGUUGUCCUGGAAAGCAUAGUGGUAUUUCAUUAUAUGUUGGUUUGUGGGGACGCUUUGGUGGACCUCUCAACUUGGAAGGCUUUUUUUUUUAUGAAAAUUGGUACUUAAAUUAGAAAAUCUAAAAGAGUCCUCACAAGAAUAUCAAAACUAUUGUUUGUCUGUAUUUUCUGUAUUUGUAUAUGUAUGGUACUUGGGUACUACUGCUGUAAAGUAGAACAGGCUAAAAUCAUUUUACAUUAUGUUAUGUUACAGAAAGCCCGGUCCAGAGUCAGAACCAUGCUUUAUGUGUUUGUUACAUCGUAUUCUCUACUGUAUUUAGUCGCUAUAGUUUCGGUUUCACACUGUACUAAACACGGAUUGGUUCGUAGAAUGGUGUUUGAGCAUUGAUUGUUACCAAUUUGUUGAGUUGCCUUUCCAAGUGUUCUGCCUCGGAUUCUUUUUAUUUCUGUUUAUAAACAAGCAUUAAUCUACAGUUACAGCAGAUACAGAAUCACCCGCAACACUGCUUCUUUUUCGUCUUCUAUUGUUUAUUGGGUGCAAAAAAAAACCAUUUAACUUGAAACCCAACAAAAUGUAGCAACUCAUCUAUAGCAACAGCCUACCAGGCUAAUUUUCAACAUAAUUACAGUUUUUUAGGGGGGCAGAGCAUGCUUACAUAAACCAUUGUGAUUCAAUAGAUUAUUCUGUACCACUUUAAAAUAAGGCUCCUUUAUAAAGGGUUUAUAAAGGAGUUUAAUACUCGUUAUUUAUUAGGUUAUAAACUGCAAAUAAGCAGUUGUAACACAUAAAUAGAAAGGGGAACAGGGGCCUGCAAUGUAGCAAAUAGUGAUUCCAUAGUCAUUUACUACUAGAUACUUAUCUCACUUUGUCCAUCAGUCAUCAUUAACUUAAUUUCUGUUAAUAACGUUAUUCAUUUAAAUAUAAAAACAUAUUAAGUGACUAAUCAGAUUUUUUUAUUGUUGAAUUAGAUAUUUUUAAAAAAACUCACUUAAACUUAAUUUAUAACCAUUAAUUAAUUGCUUUAUAAAAUAUUUAUAGACCCUUUAUAAAGGGGCCUUAUUUUAAAGUGGUACCGAUUGUAACUGUCUGAUGAAAAACAAUGAAAAAGUUCUCAUUUUUGUCAAUUUUUAGUUUUCUGCAUAAUUUUAACACAAACUGUCAAUUGUUUCAUGAAUUCACAGAAAUUCUCCAAAAUUACUUAAAGUGAACUCUUUUUUGCAUUGACUUUAAUUAAAAUUUAAGAAUGUAUUUUUUUUCUUGUGUAAAUUAGCUGUUUUCGAGCUGCAUGUUUUUCAUUGGUCAGUGACAAUAUGACUCAAAAACUCACUGACGUUUAAUUGUGUGAGCUAUUUAUCGAGCUUAAUUUACUAAAAUCAGGUGGCUUUUGGUUCAAGUCCUCUUUUUUUCUUUGCCUUUUUUCGUCUCUCUCUUCUUGCCAACUUGUGCUUUUGAUGCUUUCCAUCGUUUCCGUCAUUUCAUCGUUUUCAGAAUGUACAUCAGUUGUCUGGUACGUAGCUUGUUACGGUUAGAUCACUGGGUUUUUGAUCACAUGGUUGUGGGUUCGAGACUCAGAUCUGUUAAGCUACACUUACUGGACCUUAACCGCUGAAAUAUGCAAGACUUUUAUCGUACUGUUUGAGUAAAAUCCACAGUAAAGGUGCUUACUUACGAACUUUGCAUGUCUUAAAUUUUAGCGUUCUGUUGAAUGGAUCUAAACUAAAGUAGAUGUAAUAAAAAGUAGUCCACAGUUCGACUGAAAUAGCUUGUAUUUACUUUACAUAAAUUUUGCAUGAUUUUUGUGGUGCGAAAAGUGGAUUUGUUUGAAAAAGACAAACUUUAGGGAAAUUUAAUUUUUUGUUGUUGACAUUAAAUAUAUAUAGAUUAUAUAUUGAUUAAACAUAUUUAAAAUUUACACCAAAUAUAACAAUACAGUAAAUAUUAAGUAUCAGUAGUUUUUCAUGUUUUUCAUGUUUCGCAUAAUUUUUCGUAAAUAUACGAUAAAAAAAAAUGUAAUCUUUAUUUUUCCUUAUCCCUAAUUUGGUAAAAAUGGAAGCAUAAAAAUUUAGUGGGUACUUUAUUGGAUAUUAUGGUUUUUACAGCUCUUAUGAAUGUCUAGAACCCCUCACUCACAAGAUAACACCUAACAUUUAUUUAGCUAGCUCAGUUCGUUCCCCAGAGUAAGAAAUAAUAACUUUGAGGCAACUGUGAUAAUCACAUUUACACCAGCAUUUUCAACGAUAACAUUACAUAACAUUUGUUUUAUUCAUGAUUCAUGUUCAUGUCUUCUUGUGUUUUGUGUCGGGAUUGGAUAAAAACUGUGGCUAUCAUUUUCUUUUUUCUUACAAAAAAAAGGAAAGAAACAAUGUUAUUAUGUCUAAACCUCCAAGAGGUGCUGUUUAAUGUAUAGAUAUAAACACCAAUCAAGCAUUACAUUAUAAUCACCUUCUUGUUUCGUCACCUAUUAUAAAUGUUUUUCAGUUUGUAGUCACUGUGCUCCCAGCUACCUUGAGAUCAUUAAUCAACACCUUAAUAUGUGCUCUGUGAGGUUUCUCCUGUGUAAAAUAACAGGAUUAUGGGUGUAUAGAAACAAAGAGAUGGUUUUAAUUGAUUUAUGAUUGAUAGGUGUAUAGCUGCGUCCCAAUUGAGUACUACACGCUAAUGCUAAUGUAUGUUAUUUAGCUAUUGUGCGCUAAUCAUAAUACUUUGGGUUUGGCAGGUUAGUACACUUAAUUUUAACGUACUAACAUAACGUUUUGAUCUAACAGGAAGUGGCGAAGCGGCACCAUUCCAACCCAAAUCCCACGCUGCGAGUUCUCCAGAAUGCAUCGCCGCUGCACUUGCAUCGUUAGCCUCCAUUUUUUUCUGCUACCUGUUCCAGAUGUGAGUAGCUCCUCCCUUUUUGUUUCGCAUUGCAUUGUGGGAAAUUGGUGUACAUUGCAACAACACUGAGAAAACGACCAGUUUCGAGAUAUUUUUUGAGUAUACUCAAUUUUUUACACUUUUUUUAUACUAAAAACUACAUAAAUUAUCGCACAAUUGGGACGCAGCCAUUGUGUCUUUUUUUAAACUAUUUUUUGUUGUUGUUUUCAUGUUUACACAAUAAUCCUGACGGGCUUUGAACGUAGCCUAGCUUUAUCUUCUUUUGUUUUAUGUUUUACUGUUUGUAUUUAGCAUGUUGUUUUUUUUUAAUUGACUGCAGUUAGUAAGUGUUUGGUUUGUAACAUAAUUGUAUAUAAUAUAUAAUACAUUCAGAUCUGCAUAUAUAACAUAUAUAGUUUUACUACAAGUUCAUCCACUGGGUUUUACUAUUUACAGUUUACUGAAUUUUUAUUUUUAUAAGCAGAACAGACGUAUCUACAGACUAGACGCUUUGGGCGGUAAAUAUGAAGGAUGUACUGAAUUUAAGCCCACAGUGAUUCUAAAAACUGUACUCACUGUUUUCACUUAGAUAAAAUGUUGUGUUGAGGUUUUAUGGUUUUACAGGUUUGGCGAGAUGUACGGUUUGUUUUACAUUGACUGAAAUUGCAAAAGAUUCUGUCUAAAAAAACAAUUUUGUGUUAUUAUUUUUAUUAUAACUUUUAUUGGGUUUAUUUUGUUAUUUCAUUUUUUUUAUUUAUGGUCUGAUUUGAUUUUUCUGAUGUUUUUUUUUUCAUUUAAGCCCAACUGUAUACACAGCAUUGUAGCAUUAAAUUAUCUAUAAAUAAACUAAAGGUAAGUUUGCA